AAACUGGAGGUCUGGAGGUAAGAGCAAGAGUUCCCGCCAAAUUUACUGGACACAGUAUAAGACAUAAAGAUGUAGUUUUUGAUUUUUACUGCUUACAGAAUUGAUUUUCUUUACCUUUUAUAUAUAGCUAUAAAAGUAGUCUACCAAAGUAUGCCUUCAUUUUCAUUUUAGUUCACAUUACGUUCGUGAAAAGUGAGGGUUUUACUCUGUUAUUACUUCUAAGGUUACUACAGACGAAUAUAGUAUUUACUUUUUGUGAAAAUCUUUUAACUAUAAUAUUUUAUUAACUAAAACAUGGAAUGUGACAAAAGUAAUUACAUUGUAUGGAUAGAUACGGAAUUAACAGGACUCAAUAUAGAAAAAGACACAAUCUUAGAAAUUGCGUGUUUAAUAAGUGACCAAAAUUUAAAUAUUGUAAGUGAAGAAUUUAAUGUUGUCAUUAAACAAUCCGACACAAUUUUGAACAAUAUGGAUGAUUGGAAUACAAUUCAUCAUACAAAAACAGGACUAAUACAAGCCUCUAAAGCUAGCAAAAUUAGUUUGAGAAAUGCAGAGCAGAUGUUAUUGAGUUUUUUACAGAAAUACAUUCCAAAAAAUUCUUGCCCUUUAGCUGGUAACACAAUUUACAUGGAUCGUUUAUUUAUACUUAAACACAUGUCAUUAGUCAAUGAUUAUUUACAUUAUAGAAUUAUCGAUGUUAGUACAGUUCAGGAGUUAGUUAGGAGGUGGAAUCCAACAGACUAUAAAUUUCGACCGCAAAAGCAAUAUAACCAUAGGGCAUUAGAUGAUAUUAAGGAAAGUAUACAAGAAUUAAAGUACUACAAAAAUACUAUAUUUAUGCCUGCAGAUACAUCACUAAUACAAUGAAACCAUUAAAUAUAUUAACCUGCACUUUCGUGCUCAAUAUGUGCAUGGAAAUAUAUAUUUUUAAAUAUAUAUGCAUAAUAUAGAAAUCUAAAAUAG